AUGCUGGGAGACCACAGCAGUGUCCCCACAGACCGGGCUCUGCUCAGCCAGCCCCCGAAGACCGGGCUCAGCUGCAAGAUGGUGCUUCAAGCAGUCGGCAAAGUGCUCAGGAAGUCCAAAGCCAAGCCCAAUGGGAGGAAGCCCGCCGCCGAGGGGAAGAAGGUGUACCUGGAGCCGGAGCACGCCAGGUCCCGGAUCACCGACCUCGGGUUCAAGGAGCUGGUGGCGCUGCCCCGGGAGAUCGACCUCAACGAGUGGCUGGCCAGCAACACCACGACGUUCUUCCACCACGUCAACCUCCAGUACAGCACCAUCUCAGAGUUCUGCACGGGGGAGGCGUGCCAGACGAUGGCCGUGUGCAACACACAGUACUACUGGUAUGAUGAGCGGGGCAAGAAGGUGAAGUGCACGGCCCCCCAGUACGUCGACUUCGUCAUGAGCUCCGUGCAGAAGCUGGUGACCGACGAGGACGUGUUCCCCACAAAAUACGGCCGCGAGUUCCCCGGCUCCUUCGAGGCCCUGGUGAAGAAGAUCUGCAAGUACCUGUUCCACGUGCUGGCGCACAUCUACUCGGCGCACUUCAAGGAGACCCUGGCGCUCGAGCUGCACGGACACUUGAACACGCUCUACGCGCACUUCAUCCUCUUCGCGCGCGAGUUCAACCUGCUCGACCCCAAAGAGACGGCGGUCAUGGACGACCUGACGGAGGUGCUGUGCGGCGGCGGCGGGGGCCGCGGGGCCGGGGCGGCGGCGGGCGGGGCGGCAGGCGCACAGAACCACGUGAAGGAGAGGUGA